AUGCUACCCGGGGCCCUUUUAGUCGUCUCGGAGAAGCUGGCCAACGGUGACUUCGCUGGCCUUCGUGGCUUGGUGACGCCGGAGGCGCUGGCAGAGAUCGAGAGGAACUACGCCACCCUCUCGGUCAAGGAGCGUUGUGAUCUGAAGGUUAUCCGGGAUAAUAUAGGGCCGAUCUUCCCCUACGAGAUCGGCAUGAUCAUAGAGGAAGAUGACGAUAUACAAAAGCGCUGGGUUGAGGUGACCGUCUGCGCCCACGUACACUCGAACUUCGCGAACCGAGAUCGGCUGUCGGAAAGCGAAUACGUGCCUCCAUACCAGCUACCCGAUUUCACCGUGUGGAACUACAGGUUCAUCCGGAACUACACAAAAGGGGUUAACGAUAGCUGGGUGGUGAACGUUGUUAACCAUUUCAAGCCCAAUGUUGAACAAGCGGAUUGAAGAUUCGCCAAAUGGCACCGCGUCGGGAUUGUGGGGUGUCACAUCGCUCGCAGGUCGUGAUGAUCGAUGGGAAAAAGCAAUGCACGGAAUGCCAAGCUGUACAAUAGAAAUGGAACUUGUCAGCGUUUUGCGCCAAGCUUCAGAACCUGACACUGUUUCAUCUGGUCUCCAAGAGCAAUGUCAGUGUAGAAGGCGCUCAAAUUUGUCGAAUUCCCCUGGCCGGAUGCUCGUAGUGCACGUUUGCUGCACCUGUUCCGUGGCGGUAUCUGGUCGGGUCUGGUCCCGGUUGCAAGUGGCAAGGAAAGCAUCCACGUGCUCCAGGUUGCAGUUCAGUCUUUCGCUCUGGCUCCAUCUCCUGAUGUUCAUUACGACAAUAUCAGUCGCGAAGUCAUUAACACGAGUUGUCGAUAUCUAGCUGCCGGCGCGGUGGAUCUGCGACAAUGCCGGCGUGAUUCCCAGUGACCUCGUAAAGCACCGUUGGCAGCGAGUUAUAUGAAGCGCUCCUUGCUGGAUGCAUCCUUUACUCAGUGAAAGAUCGUCAAAUGUAUCCGUAUUUUCCUCCGUUCGUGUUUUGGUAAUUCCUUUCAUUACCGGGAUGACUAUUCGCUUUGUUUUCGCCUUGUGUUACUGCUUAAAUGCUAACUACGUUUUGUAAACGGCACGUUCGUUCCGACAGCCUGCUGUAUUAGCCUGUGCCUGCAAAUUGUAUCCUCCAUUUUAAAGAACCAUCUAAAUGUAAGCUGGUGCCUUCUUUAAUGUUUCCGGGUGACACUAUAACACGGAUUUUCUGCUGAUAUCUCGUAAUUAGCAGAGGUGCUGUCGUAAUGGGCAAAGGUUUGCUGGAUCUGCCUGUCGUGUGUUUGGUGCGCUUCGACGCCCGUGGUUUUAAACGGUUGCUGGAUGUGUUGAAUGACUGCUUGGAGAGAAUACGAUGGUUUUGUGAUAA